UCAGUUUUCUGCAAAAACGUGAUAUCACGAGUGUACCACAGUUUUAUUGCAAACAUAUCUUUAAAUUCAGUGAUAUUUUUUGUUAUUAUACUGUGGUAAAGCAAUAUAACUCGGUUUUCUUGAAAAAAUGUUUCAAAUGCAACUUUUUAUAAAAUCUGAUAUCACGUUGUUGUUGAAAUAAUAACAUUUUUGAAUUGUGAUAUCAUAAGGUGUAACAUUGUUGAUGAUGAAUGGUUUUUUAUUACAAGAAAUGAGUGAUGGUCAUUUAUUGUUGUUCCGUUUUUAUAGAUAUGUUUCUUAUUUCAAUGCAAUACAUAAUGAUUUAUCACGUUGUAAGCACUAAAAGAAAAUACUAUUAAGACUUAUUUUUUCAGAUGGGGACGCGGUCCAAAUACUUAGUUUUAUUAGCAACAAAAGAAAAUAAUGACGGAGAACAAAGCAAUUCCAUUUCUCAAAUGGAAAUACAUGAAAAUGAAAGCGACAACAAUAAUAUCGAGCAAGGCGAUUCAACUUUUCCAAUGGAAACUAACUAUGAAAGCAACCGAAAUGAGGAGGUGACUGGUUGCAGCGCUGCAGCAGUUGCCGAAUACAAAGAAGACUCAAUGGUCACUAAUCGUCGCCGUUGUGAAUCAACUAGUAGUAGCACCAGUAGUUCCUCAAGUAGCAGUAGUUCAUCAAGCAGUGGUCCGUCUUUCUACGAAGAUAGUGAUGAUUCCGUAAAAGACCCCAACUAUGAAAUUAUGAAACCAGCACGUGUGAGCUCUUCAGAAUCUGACGACAACAAUGACGUCUAUACCAACAUCGACUUUCGAAAGGAUCAAGACGUUUUUCAUUCUAGUGCAGCUACUGUAAGCACAGUACUCAAUGCUAUAGACCUGAAUGUGACCCCAACAGAUGAGCAUGAAAUUGUAUUUCAUACCGUAAAUCAACAGGACCUGCUAAUAUCAGAAAAUGAACCACCUGCCGUCGAAAAUGUUAGCACCACGCAAGUAGAGUCAAAUGAACCAGAUAAUACCCCUACUAAAAAAGGUAAAAAAAGGCCCAAAAGAGAAUUAUUAUGGAAAAAAAAUGUUGCGAAGCGACUAAGAAACUGUGGAAAAUCAUACAAAUCAACAAAAACUAAUAAAAUUAUACCGGAACGUAAACUAAAACCAUCUUGCAAAGAAACAUGUACAUUUAAAUGUGGAUCUAAUAUCACUGAGGAGCAAAGACAACAACUUUUAAAAGAAUACUGGGAUUUAGGCGAGAUUGAAAAGCAAUGGUCUUUCAUCGCAAACAAUAUCGAAGUAGUCGUCCCUAAACAUCGAUACGUUAAAGUUAAUCCGGACGGAACCAUAGCAUUAAAUCGUGAUAAUAAUAAUGCUUUCUUUUUGACUGUUUCUGGAGUGAAGAUUAGAGUAUGUAAACUGUUUUUUAAGAACACUUUGGGGAUUAAUAAUCGCCCUAUAGAGACGGCUUUAAAGAAAAAAAAUAAAGAUACUAACAUUUCAUUAAUGAAAGAUAAUCGUGGGUGUCAUCAAAAUCAUUUUAAUUUUUAUCUAUUUAAAGUUUUAAUAGGCGAUUUUUAUGUUUUUUGUUAUUAUAAUGUUUAAGAUUUUGCUCAUAGAGGAGAUUUAUGUUUUGAUAAUUAUUAUUUUUUGUUUAGAAUUGUGCAAAUUUACUGAUUACUUAGUUUAUGACCGAGACUGAAAACUUAGAUUACUAGUUUUUUGAGAUUAUAUAAUUAAGAUGAUUACAAUGUAAGAAGAAAUAAGCAUAAAGUGAGAAGAAUAUUGAUUACAUUCAAUAAAGGCUGACUAACUGUUGAUUAGUAAUAGUUUUGUCCAAAGAAACCACUGUUUAGCUACAACUAUUUCAUCUGUUUAAUAAAUGUUUCUAAUUUCAACAAUGUGUUUUUAUAUUAUAAUUUAGCAUAAAAUAAAAAUAAUAGCAUCAACAACGUGACAGAUUAAUUUGCUACAUCGUUCUUCUUAUACUUUUUCAGAAAAAAUGUGACAUAUUUUUUCCUU